AUGGAUCGCCUACGCCGGGCGAGCACGCCCCGGCGACCUGAGUCCUUCAUGGACGCAUCCAGCACUCGUCGCGAGAGCAACAUCCCCGGCGGAACGUUCCCAGCACCACGCUAUCCUAUCUCCGGGUCCUCCGACUCCAAUCCCAGCGAUGAAAAGUAUAUAUUUAACGCCAUCCGAGCCAGCACGUCGACCGAGGAAGCCCGAUCUCGCGAAGCUGUCCCUAGAAUCUCCGCCUUCGAGCACGGACUGGCAGCCAACUUGGCCAUGUUCGUUCCGACAGAUUACUCGCAGGGCCCCUCAUCGACGGAGUCUCCCUAUGAAGGUAUCCAAACACACAGACCGAUGAUCUACUGGCGGUCCCAGAUGCUGUCUGAUCCAUAUCCUCAUCACGCGAUCCAGUCUAUUUCAAACGAGAUUCGCAAGCCGGAUCCUCUGGCGCACCGCAAAGCUGUCUCUGAUGGGAGUCGUCCUGCUGCCAGAAGGCCUGGCAACAAUUUGGGUCCGGCUGUGGCGCCGGCCGAGCCUCGAUAUCCGCCGCCUGUGAGGGCGCCCACACCUCCAGGGGUCCCUUCGUUUGGUUCUCCAGAAGCGAUUCGCACCUCUGCCCAGUUUCUGACUCGACAGCGUGAUACAGGCGCCGGGUUCUCUGCGUCUCGCGGCGGGCGUGGUGCAGACGGUCAUCGAGUCCUCUCAUAUGGCGACACCUUGAGACAUUUCUUCGGCUUGUCGCCGCCGUCUCCUGUAUCACCACAACACCCACAUCCCAUCAACGUGCAUUCUGUGGCGGGUAUCGGGCGAGCCGAAGAUGGGACGAUCGUGCAGGGCCAGUUUCCCUUCCGGCAAAGCGGACAUGGGGUGAACCUAGCCCGAGAGCUACACGAUCACCCCUUCCAUCUGGGAAGUCUUCCCUCUGCAAACGGCAGCACUGAGGAUGUUCCCCAAGAUAGAGAUGCAAAAGAUAUCCGAGCUCCAACUUCAGCUCCGUCUCCUGCUUGGGGACGCAGGGACGAACGCACUGCGAGACACCAUUUCCUCGCCGCCAGUGCUGUUUCGCCUGCUAUCCCCGAACCGGCUCUCAUCUCCAAUCCCUGCAAAUCAGGCUUUGCAUCCCCAUUCAGACUUCCCCGGAGACUAUCACGACUGAAUGAAGUCGCAAUCACAGCACCAACCGCCAAUCCAGUCCUAACCCAAGGCGUCGGAGUCUCCAGCAACCAAUUCGCCAAUGGUUCUUCUUCAAAUACACAGCCGUGUUCAAUUCCAACAACCAUCGCCACCGUUGCAAUGCCCGAAAGAAUCGACUCCGAAACACCUGCACCGUUCAACCUUUCGACUUGGAUAGUAGCACAGCUCUAUCUCUGCUGCUGCAUGGGCGUUUGCCCUGGACAUGAUACCCACGAUGAACAUGAACACGAACAUGAGCAUCAACCGCUUGAUCAGACGAGUUCGAGGGAUACAUACGCUACAGCACGGAGCCAUCUGUCUCGCGUUGCCAGAAAUGGUCCGGGGCAGCAUCUCGGAAGGCAGGGAUUGCAAGUGCCGUCUUGGAUAUUGGAUGUGUAUCAGCAGGUGUUUCCUGCUCGACUGGGUCGUGGAUCGUGA